GCGAACAACAAAUUACUUCGUCGGUCUGUGAUAAUUUACGUGAUAAUCGUGUUUUUGCGAUAUUUGUGAUUUUAAAGUUUUUAGCCUUCAGAUUUUAGCGAUGAAUGAAAAUAGUUUUAAUAAACUUAUAAAAAGUGACAAGCGAUAUGACAAUUUAGCAGUGCCGGACCUAGAUAUUUGGCGCCCGUUUGCGAGUAAGGACCAGGCGCUCCCCUCACGGAGAAAAAGGGGUGGAAUUCAGGCUUAAAAAGCUAAUAGGUUUUACAGGUCGCACAUAGGUAACUAAAUUUUUUUGCGACUGGAGUCGAACAUUUGAUGAGCUUGACUUUUCUACACUUCUUAAAUUUUGACACUCUCUAGAAAUUUUUCUGUGACGCAAAGUUUUCCCCAAAUGUACCUACAUGACGAGCUCAAGUGCUGAACGGUGUUUGAAUUUCAUCCUACUCGUGCUGCUAAAAAAAGCGACGACACUUGUCGAUCGAAGUCCAGAGGAUAUCAAACAUGCUUGUGAAAAAGCUUGCGUCGUGCCGGAUGUUCUACCUUUCGCCCCCCGAGACAUUGUCAAGGUAAAAUACUUCCAUGGAUUUAUUGCAAAUCUAGGAAACAAACUCAUCACAAAUGACGUACAUAUACCUCCUAAUAUUAUGGAUUGGCCCACCAAAAAUAACACGUAUUAUACAAUUGUAUUUGUCGGGCCUGACGAGCCAUCAGCAGCUGCCGCCAGUAAAAGUCAAAUAAUUUAUUGGCUUAAAUCAAAUAUUUAUGAACAAAGAUACAUGGAAACAGGAGACACUAUAGUCGAGUAUACAACUCCGGAGCCACUCAAAGGAACAAGUUGGCAUCGUUACGUGUAUGUCGUAUACGAACAACCUCAUGGAAAUAUGACCAUCCAUAUGGAAAUAAUUAAUUCCAACAGUUCUUCCGAUCCAGCAAGAGCGAAAUUUUCUGCCCAAGCUUUUGCAAUGAAACAUAAACUGGGAGACGCAUUGGCUGUAAAUUUUUUCAUCUUCGAGUGGAGAGAGGACUUCUUUGAGCCUUUAAGCUUAACACCGGAGGAUACCACCCGUUCUAAUGGAAGCGAGUGCGCAUUUGUUAUGAAAGCCGUGCCGCGUACCACCACAACCACCGCGAGACCAACCCUAUUCUCAAGGACAUACAUAGUGUAGACAAAUGGACGUCUAUUCUCCCAUAUCAGUUUUUUGCAGUUUCUUACACCAUGGUCAGUGGAUAGUCCGAAAUCAAUUACGUAGUAAAAUAAUGAUUUUCAUAAAA